GCAGGUCCAGGUGAGUCUCUCUGUGAGUCAAUCCCUGAAUCAAACACACUGCAGCCAGACGGAGCAGAUAGUUGGAGCUUUACGAAUUGGACCUCACCUGUCUCUAGAGGAGAGACAAAAAGCCAAAAUGAUGCCUGAACCUUUAAAAUCCGCUCUGUCAUUAGGAGAUGUGGAGGACACGUCUCUCGCGCUCCCGUCCGACCGCGACCUGAGAUCCGCGCAGCAGCGAGUUCUGGAGCAGGUUCACACCAUCAAGAGGAGCAAGUCCAAAUACAGCAGCAAAAGUGUGUCCGGACUCGCUUCCCCCACCAGCCCCGAAAGUGACAGUGUGUUUUACGACUUCAAGUUUUCUCCCAGCACGUCUCUCAGCGGACCCUCGUUCAACAGAGGAGGAACCAUGACAAAUGGGAAUAUGCAAAGGCAAAACACUGUUCGCAAGUCCACCAACUCCCGCAGCUCCAGCGGUCAACGGGUGGCCAGUAGCUCCAGCAGGUUAGAUCGGUCCUUGUACUCCCCUACCGGCACCUUCCCUGCCCAGCCGCGGACCAGUAACCAACUGUACAGCUAUAAAGCCACCCGUAGUGCUCCGGACCUGGGCUUCCAAGCCACCACGAACGGCAGCGCCAGCACUACUCAACGCAGCCAAAGCGGCCGACAGACCUUUCGGAUGGAGAAGACCUACAUUCAGCCUAACCAGCCUCUCGGUAACGGUACACUCGGCAGAAUGACUAACAGCAAUCAGGUCGGCACUUUUCGGACCGUCAACAGACGCCCGUCUUCCCUGCAGUCCAAUGGAGAGUCCAGGUUGUCUGUGAUCAGGACUGGACAAGCCAAGGAUAUUUCUGGGAUGAACACAGAGAAGCUUAUGGCCGAUAUGACGAUGCGAGAGGCGGUCGACUAUCUGUUCAGCCCGGAAGAAACCUACCAGCAGUAUGGCGCUGCUUACAUCCAGCACAGCACCUUCACCGAUGACAAGGCCAAGCAAGAGGUGCUGACCCUGAAGGGCAUUCCUCCGCUGCUCAGCCUGUUGAGCAGCCCCAACAUUCAGGUCCAGGAGACGGCGGCCGCUGCCCUGCGAAACGUGGUCUUCAAAAACCAGGCCAAUAAAGAGGAAGUGCAGCGCUGCGGAGGAAUCGUACCGGUUGUGCAGGUGCUCAGCGACACAAACCCUGAGACACAGAAACACCUGACAGGUCUCCUGUGGAACCUCUCCUCCGCGGACAACCUUAAGCCCGAUCUGCUCCGCACCGCUCUGCCCGCGCUCACCGAGAAAGUCAUAGAGCCGUUUUCAGCCAGCACAGAUGACAACGCCAACACAAGCCUGGCACCAGAGGUCUUCUACAAUGCCACGGCAUGCCUACGCAACCUAAGCGCCUCCAAACUGGCAAACCGACAAGCCAUGCGCAACUGCAAAGGCCUUAUCGACUCGCUCAUGCGCUACACAGAGAACUGCGUUAAUGCAGGGACUCCAGAUAACCAGUCUUUGGAGAACUGCGUGUGUAUUUUGCACAACCUCACCUACCAGCUGGAGACCGAGAUGCCGUCUCUCUUCACUAAAAUAAACACACUGGCCAGUUACGCUCGCAACCGCUCCAGUUCAUCAGACGCUGGUCCGAUCGGCUGCUUCAGCUCCCAGAGCCAAAAACUGCAGCAGGAGAGCGGCUUUGACUAUCCUGUGAUGGAGGACAACAAUCCUAAAGGUGCCGGCUGGCUCUUCCACUCUAAAGCCCUGCAGAUGUACCUCAGUCUGCUGAGCUCCAGCGAAAGAGACGCCACACUUGAGGCCAGCUGUGGAGCGCUGCAGAACCUCACGGCCAAUGACGGCAUUGUAUCAAAUGUGUUGAGUCACACAAUCGUUCAGAAGCUUAACGGUCUUAAGUACAUCAGUCCAUUGUUGCAGUCAUCCAAUACUGCGCUACAGAACAGCGCAGUCGCUCUCCUCGGGAAUCUGUCCAGAUCUACACGUACAAACAAAGUCAUGGCCCGCCAGACUCUACCGCAGCUAGUCGGUUUCCUGAACUCAGGGCUCACGAAGGGCGAUUCCUCGCCCGAAUACGACAGCACCAUGGCAACAGCUCUUCACAGCGCACACGCCCUGCUGAAGGCCGAUCCUGAGAUCGGCAAGAGUCUGCUGAACAACAGCUUGAUCAACUCCCUCAACAACAUGAGUCUCAAUCUGAAUCUGCCAAAGUCCAGCACUGCGGCAGGAGUUCUUCUUCACAGCCUGUGGUCGGAAAAGAAUAUUCAGAGUUUUCUUAAAAAGCAAGGCAUGAAUAAGAAGUCUUUUGUGAAUGACAUAACGUCGGCAGCUUUCAAAUCUCUUCAGGUGGUUGACUGAGAGGCACUUUACAAACAAACUGCAUUUUAAUUGCAUUGCAUUUUAAUUUUGGUUAAGUAUUGCAGAAGAAGUGGUAAGAAUGAGCUUUUAUUUCUUUUGGGGCAGUAGAUGCUUUUUGUUAAGAACAAUGCAUGACAAAUGCAAUGACAAAAACAUGAUUUGUAUGUCUCAGACUAGUAUUUUUUUUUUUUUUUUGUUCAUUUAAGCAGAUUUUAAAUAUUCCAUUGUUUGUCUUUAAAAUGUUCUAAAAUGAUUUUGAAAGACAUUUUAUUAGUGUUACAGGUUGUGCAAGUUCAAGAUAUUAUAUGUUAUAUAUUAUAUUAUAUUUUAUACAUCAAGUUAUAUAUAUAUAUAUCUGACAAUAUAAAUAUAUCUCGGGACGUUUCUUAGGCUCAUUUUAACGUCUGUUCAUCAUUUAAAAAUAUUGUGGUUGUUACGUUAUGGGUGUGGAUAAAUUUGUCAUGUUUCAGCUCAGUGACUUCAUGCAAAGUUUCAAUAAAGUUUUCAACAGUA